CCGUGCGGGUGGUUACGCGAGUGCGCCGAUCACAGCUCCAACCAGAAAUUGGAAACUAACAAUGAGAUUUUCGCAAAAUUACACUUAAAGCAUAACAAAAACAGAGAGCCCAAACAACGCGUGCCAAGCAGUGGAAGUGCAAGACAACGCAGAGGGCACUAAAGUUGCGCAUAUCUCACCACAAUUUGGAUAAGCAGUUUGCAAAACCAAAUCAGGUAUGUGGCCAAGACCUUGACCAACGGCGCCUUUGUAAUUGGUUACUCAACAUCUAAGUCAACACACGCGCGACAAAUUUUCAUUAGGCUGGAGUGUUACUUGGUUUCGUAUCUUCAACAUGCGUUUCGAGCCGCUGGGUCAGAAAAUGUUCACACGUCGUAAUUGGCUACUGCGCUGCAGCAUACUCAUAAACGUGGCCGUCCUACUUUACAUAGGCUGCCUUGUGACAAUUGGCGGCGGCAACAAUUUCACUAGCGGCGGCGGCUUUCUGCUGCAGGAGCAACAGCAACAGCCGGCGGCAUCCGCGUUGCAGGCAUCCUCACCGCUGACACAACAGCAACCCACGCCCAAAAAUGCUAAUAUAGAGGCGGCCUUUGCGGACGAGAAGCUUGCAGUGGGUACUGGCAAUGCCAAUGGGAUUUCAAAUAUGGAGACAGUGGCGGCUGCAGUCGUCGCACCUCCACCCGCAGUUGCCAACGACAGCGGCUUGUCAUCUAAUGUGGCAGAUGGCGUCAAUGGCCAGGUGGUCGGCAACAUUGGCAGCAGCAGUGUUGCCGCCGAGUUAAACAACACUCAAGCAGAUAGCUACAUAGUCACCGGCGAUGAGAAGGAGCUGGAUGAGCGAGUGCGGACGCUGCUCAAUUGUAUCGAGCACGACUACAAUCAGCAGACGUUGCAACGCGGCGACUUCUGGGUGCUGCAAAACUAUGUGCGAGCCGAGCACGGCGGACUGAAGUGCCACGAGUCCAUCACGUAUACAACGCACGCGGAUUACACAUUUCUCGACAAUCUAGUGCCGCUGCUGGAACGCUGGAACGCGCCUAUUAGCAUAGCUAUGCAUGCGCCCGGUACGGAUUUUCAGCCCACGCUGGAUUCCAUUAAGUAUCUGAGGGAUUGUGUGCCUGGAAAUCAGUUGGUGCGCGCUUUUGCCACCUUCCAUGUUUACUUUGGCACCAAGCACAUACCCAAGAGUGUGCCCAAGGCACAGGAUGCGCUCAAAACGGGCUACAACUGUUCGCUGCCAGCGCCAUAUUUUAAUAUCAGCUCCGGGCAUCUGUAUAAGGCGCAGAAGAAGCUACUGUAUCCAGUCAAUGUGGGUCGCAAUAUUGCACGCGAUGCAGCACUCACGCACUUCAUACUCGCCUCGGAUAUAGAACUGUAUCCGAAUCCCGGACUGGUCAAGAAAUUCCUCGAGAUGAUUGCUCGCAAUGAGCAGUAUCUGCGACGAAAGGCUCCCAGAGUCUUUCCACUCAGCAUUUUUGAGGUGGAUGAGAGUUCGCCGGUGCCGCACGACAAGACGGAGCUGCAGGAGUUUCUGCGCAGUGGCAAGGCCAUACCGUUCCACAAGCGAGUGUGUGCCAGUUGCCAUGGUGUGCCCAAGUCCAAGGAGUGGAUGGCGGCAAAUGAGACGGACGAGCUGAGUGUGUUUCACAUAGGCAAACGCACCGGCUACUAUGUCCACUGGGAGCCCAUCUAUAUCGGCACCCAUGCGGAUCCCCAUUACGAUGAACGGCUCAGCUGGGAGGGCAAGAGCGACAAGAUGACGCAGGGUUACUCGCUGUGUGUGCUGGACUACGAGUUCCACAUACUGGACAAUGCGUUUCUGGUGCACAAGCCGGGCAUUAAAGUGCUGAAGAAGGAUAAUCGACGAGCGAUGUUGGCGGGCAAAACGAAUCAGCUGAUACGCAAAAUUAUCUAUCCGGAAUUGAAGAUCAUGUACGGCAUGCGCAAAGGCUGCGCAAUAUAGUAACUAAUUGUGAAGCCAAGCUGAGCACCGAUUUCAUUCAGUGAGAGGUUAGCGAAAAGACUACAACAACUAAAACAACAAGAUACACUAUUUCUAUUUGCAAUGCUAUAGAA